GUCUGACCUUUAUCUUCAGCGCAAAUAGACGACUCAUCAGUCGGUCUCAACUCUCUCCAACUCUCAAGCUGCGAAUCCGAUUAAACAGAGAGAGAGAGAGAGAGGCGAUGCAGCUGAUAAAAGCGGCGGCGGUGGCUCUAAUGGCGGCGAGAGGGUUGGGGGCGGCGGAAUCGGAAGGGAUAGAGUUCGGAUCGGUUUGGUGGUUCGUAUACGUCGGAAUCUCAUGCUUUCUCGUCCUCUUCGCUGGAAUUAUGUCCGGCCUCACACUCGGCCUCAUGUCUCUCGGCCUCGUCGAGCUCGAGAUCCUCCAGCGCAGCGGCACAUCCACCGAGAAGAAGCAAGCAGCUGCUAUCCUUCCAGUUGUCCAGAAGCAACACCAACUUCUUGUGACUUUGCUCCUAUGUAAUGCAUGUUCUAUGGAGGCCCUUCCCAUAUACCUGGAUAAGCUUUUCAAUCAGUUUCUUGCUAUUGUGCUAUCUGUGACUUUUGUUCUAGCUUUUGGAGAGGUUAUUCCACAAGCAAUAUGCACUAGAUAUGGACUUGCUGUCGGUGCAAAUUUUGUUUGGCUCGUGCGCAUUUUGAUGAUAAUUUGCUAUCCAAUUGCUUAUCCUAUCGGAAAGAUUCUAGAUUGGGUAUUGGGACAUAAUGAUGCCCUAUUUAGACGGGCUCAGUUGAAAGCUCUGGUCUCCAUCCAUGGUCAGGAGGCUGGUAAAGGUGGUGAACUAACACAUGAUGAGACGACGAUUAUUAGUGGAGCGCUAGAUUUAACCGAGAAGACUGCUGAGGAGGCUAUGACACCCAUUGAGUCUACAUUUUCCUUGGAUGUGAACUCAAAAUUGGACUGGGAAGCGAUGGGAAAAAUUCUUGCUCGAGGUCAUAGUCGAGUACCUGUUUAUUCUGGAAACCCAAAAAAUAUUAUUGGACUUUUACUGGUAAAAAGUCUUCUUACAGUAAGACCAGAAACAGAGACUCCUGUCAGUGCUGUUUCCAUUCGAAGAAUUCCACGGGUUCUUGCUGAUAUGCCUCUAUAUGACAUCUUGAAUGAAUUUCAAAAGGGUAGCAGUCAUAUGGCAGCUGUGGUGAAGUUUAAAGGGAAAAACAAAAACCCUCCAUUAAGUUAUAGUGAAGAGAAAGUUGCUAGUGGGGAUUCUCAAUUAACUACCCCUCUGCUAUCGAAGCAAGAUGAGAAGCCAGAAAAUGUUGUUGUUGAUAUCGAGAAGGCUUCAAGGCCAUCUAUUAUAAACAGGCAAACCUCUUCUCAACAUAACGAUGCUGCACCAAAUGGAUUGCCUCCUAUGUCGGAGGAUAUUGAAGAUGGUGAAGUAAUUGGGAUCAUCACCUUGGAAGAUGUCUUUGAAGAACUUCUACAGGAGGAGAUUGUAGAUGAGACAGAUGAAUUUGUUGAUGUACAUAGAAGGAUACGUGUGGCUGCAGCUGCAGCUGCUUCAUCAAUGGCACGUGCCCCAUCGAUUCGGAGGUUAACUAGCCACAAGGGAGCAGGAACCCAAAGUAAGCAUGGACAAUCCCCAAAGAAGUCUACAGAGGAAGAUUCAAAUUCAAUGAGGUUACAAGGGAAUCGCGGUGAGCCUUUUCUUGAUAACAAGAGAUGAAUAUACAAUUCUGUUUAAUUUGUUGUGUGUUAGUCCUGAGAGUUUUGUUUUGUUUUUUUUUUUUGUGGCAAACAAAAAUACCAAGGCUUGUGCUAUAUAUUGUAAAUUUGGAAACUUAAUCGAAAAAACUAGCUAUACAUGUAUGAUAUUUACCACCGACCUUGUAGGUCAGGUUGUACUCCA